CUUUGUGGGGUCUGUUGUCAGACACGGCUAAGACCGAUAACGGUCCAUCUCGCCUGGCAACGGUUUGUUGUGUGAUUAUUUGUAAACAAACAGUUAAUGAAUGAAAAAGUACCGUUUCAUUCAGUACCAAAAUCUGAAUCAACGAUUCAUCACUGCGAAUAAUGUUAAAUCAAUACGAAUUUUCUUGGACAAACUGUGCAAUUUACGUUUAGUUCCGUGUGCUGUUGAGCGGCGAAAAUGACGCUCUAUUUCGACAGUAAAGUCCAAUUUCUGGACAGCGAAGCGAUAAGUACCGUUAGCAGCUGGCACCCGAACGAGUCGAUCUUUGCGGUCGCUUCGUACAGCAACGAACGGGGUGGUUCCGUGACCAUUUUUGACGAUACGGGCAUCCCGCUGAGGAACGUAACCUACCCGGUUCAUUUGACGUCGCAAGCCACGGUUCUCACGUGGCAUCCGGAGAAAAAGAUCCUUCUGAGCGGUUGGGAGAAUGGGGAAAUCCAUGCUUGGUUUGAGGGAAAGCGAGAUUUUACUACCAUCAAUGGGCCUCACAAGUCGCCCAUUGUGCUGCUGGAGUUCAGCGAGAAGGGAGGCCGGGUUAUUACGGCUGAUGCCAUGGGAGUGCUGACCGGAUGGCGAUACGACGGACAUGGACAGUUUUUGACCAUGUUCAAUCACGACCUGAGGGAUCCGCUGUUGCAUAUAACGUUCAGGAAGUCGAUCGAAAGCGCCAGCAAUAGAGAGCUGACCAGCUUGGCAAAGGCAGCGGUGGCAGGUGAUGAGGCAGCAUUGGACACCCUCACGACAUGGAGACCGAGGACGGCCGUGCGCAACUUGGGUCAUUCCACUCUGCAGGACAAUUACUGUUUCUACGCUUGUACGCAAACUGGGGUGCUUUAUUACAUAAACCAAACAGGCACCUGUACAGAAAUCGUUCGCGGGGACAGCAUACCGAUUAUACAGAUCCUGUGGCAUCCUAGACAGGACUCCAUCGUUCUGCUCCUGGAAGACAUUACCAUCGGUCACUACGAAGUGGACGGCAGUGGACAAAUCACCGAACUGGAUCGAGUUAAGCUGUCCGGAUCGGUCAAAGUAUCUGGCUACAAAAGUGCCAUCACUUGGGUGGCUGGCGUGGGGGCUGCUUUGGCGAUUCUCACAGGGGAUCUGUCGGUAAGAAUAUGGGACAUCGAAAGCAAUGAUAACUAUGUAUUGUCAAUGGAACUAAAUAAUGGCUUAGCCGGAUUGACUGGAAACAAUUUGCCGACCAGAAAUCCAGUCGUAGAAGUUUUUACAUGUGUGGCCUACUGCAAAGAUAACCAAACGCUGAGCGCCGGAACGAACCAAGGCAAUUUAUACACCUGGCGCCGAUUGAACAUCAAUAGGUCCUACGACUAUCCGGAGAAUCAGUGGCAGCUUACGAAUGUCACUCCGGUCCGAGGAACGAUUAAAAGUCUCACCUGGGGCAUCACGGACACAAAUCGGCCCUGCAUGAUGGUCAAUUGUCUGUCGAAUGUGUUCAUUCUGAAGGAACAGGCUCUGCUGUCCAGCCACACCCGAACCGUGUGGGCCACCCAGAAAAAGUCAAACGAACUGUUGGUGGUGCAGCAGCAGAAUGCUUCCCGCAGCUCGGCAGGGGGUGAGAAAACCGGCGACCGACGGACAGCCGUGAUGAAAAGCGAUAAUUCCAUCAUCCAUCUUGCGUUGAGCGAAAUAAAUCUUGUCGUAACGAAUGGCCGUACGGUGGCCGUCUAUCGAGUAAGCGGCGGAGGUGGCGCUGGGUUGACAUCGUCGUCGUCGUCGGCGGCGGCGUCUAGGGUUGAUGAAGAUGCCGAUGCACUAUCCAUCACGCAUACCGGCAGUUUCGGCGUUGAUUGUGUGGCGAUUUACCUGUAUGAGCAGCAGGUGGUGGCGCUGGGGGCGGAGCAGGUGAAGAUUUAUUCGCUCAGCGGGCUCGUACUGCAGGAGAUAUUUUUCAACGAAAAUGAAGGCAAACCGAUAGGAGCAGAUCUGCUCGGUCACUUUCUCACCAUCUUUACCCUGAACGGCUAUCUCAAGCUGUUCGACAUUUCCCGCCACGAAAUGAAACUGGUCCAACCGCCCAAAUGUGCCUACGAUCUGUUUGAAAAGUUUGGCGAAAUCAUCUCGGCCAAGGCAAACUCCACCGGAACUCACCUGGCCCUAACCAUCGCCAAUGAACAGCUGCUCCCGGAUGGGAAGCUCUAUCUGUGGAAUUUGGAGAGCAAUAAUCUCAAGUACUAUGAAUUUUCCAGUAGGACUGGAACGAACACUGUGAUACAGCAUCUGCCGAUCAACUUCUUUUGGGAUUCGGACGACCCAAGGAUGCUGGCGUGCGAAACGAAGCCUAUUCCCGGACAGGGCCAGAAGGGAAUGACGGGGAAGGGUAGCAGCAUUCCGGAGUCGCAAAUCAAUAUACUGUUUGUGGAUCAGAAAUCGCAGCUCAAGGAGCUUGAGCUGAUCGAAUUGGGGAGUGGUGAACAGUUGAUCAACCUAUGCAUUCCACACGUUGUGAUCUUGAAGUUGAAUCAGAUCGAGCGCAUUCCACUUAGGGAUUUCAAGGGAUUGGAAGACUGUGAUUUGACCACGAGGAAUAUGGUGCUAAACUUCAGUUUGAACGUAGCCCAGGAAAAUAUGGAUCAGGCGUUCAGUUGUAUUCGAUCGCUCAAAUCGGACACGGUUUGGACUAAUUUGGCCAAGUUGUGCGUUAACACGGGUCGCCUGGACGUCGCAAAGGUCUGUUUGGGCCACUUGAAGCGCGCACGAUCGGUGAGAGCCCUGCGUAAGGCCAUGGAAGAUUCCACCUUGGAACAUGAAUGCAAGGUUGCUAUCUUGGCUAUUGAGUUGAACAUGAUAUCGGAAGCGGAGGCUCUCUAUAAGAAGGUCGGAAGAUACGACCUGCUAAACAAGAUGUAUCAAGCGGCGGGACGAUUCGAUGAAGCUCUGGAAAUCGCUGAACAUCUCGAUCGUGUACAUUUGAAAAACACCUAUCACAAGUUUGCGGAAUGGUUGAAAGAGAACGGCCAAACUCAGAAAGCCAUUCAGUACUACGAGAAAACGAAUAACCUGAUGCAUAAUGUCAGUCAGUUGCUUAUUGAUGACCCUGCAGCGUUGAAGAAGUACAUGCAAAACACUAAAGAUCCGGAGCUGUUGAAAUGGUGGGCCCAGUACAUCGAAAGCAGUGGAGACAUGGAAGGAGCGUUCAAGAUCUAUCAAAAGUCCGAAGAUUGGUUCUCGCAGGUGAGAAUCCUGUGCUUCAUCGGACAAGUUGGGAAAGCGGAUGAGAUCGCUCGCAACAGCGGGGAUCGAGCUGCUUGCUAUCACCUUGCCAGAUACUACGAGAACAGUGGAAAGUUCUCGGAAGCUAUUCAGUUUUAUACUCGAGCCCAAACCUACGGAAAUGCUGUAAGAAUUUGCAAAGAGAACGAUCUUCAGGACGACCUCUGGACGGUGGCUUGUACGGCUAGACCAAGAGACAAAGCAUCAGCAGCGAGCUACUUUGAGGAGAACGGGGAUUAUCGUAGGGCGGUUGAGCUCUACCACCGCGCAGGAAUGCUUCAUAAGGCAGUGGAAAUGGCUUUCAAGUCGCAACAGCCGGAAUCUCUGCAAGUUAUUGCUUCGGAACUGGACGCAAAUUCUGAUCCAGAACUUGUGGCACGCUGUGCCGAAUUCUUCAUCGGAAUUGAGCAGAACUACAAGGCGGUGCAGCUACUGGCGAACGCUCGCCAACUCGAGAAAGCUCUUCAGGUAGCCGCCGAUCAUUCAGUUCCUCUGACGGAAACUUUGGCGGAGCUCUUAACCCCAGCCAAGGAUGAAGUCUCAGACGAACUGCGAGCUAAAAUCCUGAUCAAACUCGGAGAAGUUCUCCAGGAGCAAGGCGACUACCACUCAGCGACAAAGAAGUUCACCCAAGCGGGAGACAAGAUACGGGCGAUGAAAAGUCUACUCAAGUCUGGUGACACGGAGAAGAUUAUCUUCUUUGCGGGUAUGUCCCGCCAAAAGGAAGUCUACGUAAUGGCAGCCAACUAUCUGCAGGCUCUGAAUUGGCAAAGUGACUCCAAGGUGUUGAAGAACAUCGUGACAUUCUACACCAAAGGACAGGCCUACAACCAGCUGGCGAAUUUCUAUGCGAACUGUGCUCAGGCAGAGAUCGACGAGUUCCGUGAUUACGAUAAGGCGCUGAAGGCGUUGCAAGAGGCCGGAAAAUGCCUCUCGCGAGCUACUCCACCCUCGCAGAAGAUAAACGAAACAUUACAAGGGGCUAUGAUGGAGGUGAGGAAGGUGAUCGAUUUGCAGGACGCCGUGGAACGUGGGGAGUUUCUGGCUGCGAUCAAGAUCCUGAAGGUGAAAUUGGAAGAGCCGGUGGCUCCUCCGGUGAGAGUUUGGGAUCUGUUGGCCUUGUUGGUUGAGUGUUUGGUUUCCACCAGCCAAUACUCGGAGGCGCUGUACUAUUUGAAACAGUUGGCACAGAAGAAAGCGGAUUGGUACCAGCAGGAGUUGAUCGAGAGAACGCUACUGGACAAGUUGGUCACCGAGACGGGAAUCAACUUGGAACCGUACGUGAGUGCAACCAGAGUGCAGCGACCGCUAACUUCGUCGACGGUGACCAUUGACAGCGAUGAGGAAGAGAUCCAGGAGGAAUUUGAACAGUGAGGAUUUACGUGUGGAAUAAAGUGCACUUAUACGUAGAUUGUAACCGUAAAUGGCGAGUUUGUUUUCUUGAUAGUGAUGACAGCCCUUCGUUUGGAGUUUUAGGGAAAGAUUGCGACUUGAAACGACGAUGUCUAACUUAUUCUGUAACUAAAAUCCAAGAGAGCCCGACAGUCGUGGAAUAGUUUAUUGGCGUUGACGGUGCUGUAUUAUUUUGUUUUGCUGAGUUCCAGUGCUUACAAAAGUCCGAGUAGUUCGGCGUUCAUUUACUUUGCUUGGUACGCUUCCAUAUUCCGGUACCGUUCGCUUCUCUUAAUUUUGACCUUUUACGUUGUUUUUACAGUUCUGUCCAGUUCAACUCUUCAAAAGGUACGUAUUCUCAUUAACCCUCAAAGCCCCAGGACAAACUUCUUUUUUUUAAUCGUCUGAUACUCAGGAUCUGUAAAAUAUAAAAAUAAGCGGUUCUCACUAUGAUGGAUGGGAAGAGUUGUACUUCAUGUAAGAGUAGUUGUCAAGCCGGAAGUCCAUGUUUGAACCUGUUUUUGCACCGGAAAUAAGUGUUCCCUGGGGCAAUGUUUUGGCGAGUCGUCUAUAAAUCUGGUAUUUUAUAAAAAUUCUGAAAUCUUUAACAACUUGAAAUGGUAGGCCAAUGCAAGAACACAAUGCUGGGGCUGCUUUCUGGCAUGAGAUGCAUCUGAAACUUGGUCCCAGGAGUGUACUUCCGGUAGGACUCCCUAAGACCCAAUUUCGUGAUCAUAAUCAUUUUGCACCUGAAAAGAUGAUUUUAGAAGUUUGGUGUCUAUGAAGAAUUUGUUUCGUAUAUUUAAGCCCUUCUUUUAAAAGUAUCACUCAUGUGAUUAAUCCACCUAAAAUUCAAACACGGGUCUUACUUUUAGCCAACGAAUUAUUACUAGAUCAUUGCAAACUUUUAGGCGUUUAUCGGUUUCUGUCCCAAUUUACAAAAUUGAUUCCAAUUUGUAAAAGCACGCUUCGCUAAGAAAUUUAAGGCCUGAUUGAGAUUCCACCUUGAUUGAUCUAACGAGAAUUAACAACUAAUUAUUGAAAAAGUAGCCUAAAGGCAGCUGUAGAACAUAUCGCCAAACAUAGCACCAGGGAACACUUAUUUCCGGUGCAAAAUCAGGUUCAAGCAUGGACUCCCGGUUUGACAACUACCCUCGCAUGAAGUACAACUCUUCCCAUCGAUCAUACUGAAAACCGCUUAUUUUUAUAUUUUACAGAUUUUGAGUAUCAGCCGGUCAAAAAUAAAAAGUUUGUCCUGGGGCUCUGAGGGUUAAACAU